AUGAGCGGUCCCCCACAAAACUACAUCAAGGAAUUUUUAGCAAUCGCCAGACCCGCCAUCCUAGAAACCUGCAAGAAAAAUGACAGAGACUGGUAUAUCGGAGUAGACCGUAUCACAUAUCGAACUAUCGCCGAUACUCUGAACAUGAAAUUCGGGCUCCCUGACUCUGGAGGCUUCUUCCUCGAUGACAAGUUUGUAAUCGAGCAGAUCACCUCGGACCCAGAGUACUACUGUAGAGUUGGAGUGCCGGCGGAAAUAGUGACUGGAGGGACGGAGCUUGUGCUUUUCGACCCUUAUGCUCAUACUACAGGGUAUGAUACGAUUCCCAUCUCUGCCGGUGGAAACCAGUCAGAUCAAUUGCCAAGACACGUGCUGGACGCUUUGGUGCGACUUUUGGAAGGACACGGACGUUUGCAGAUUAACUCUGAGGAUCAUCCACGAAAUAAGAGGCAGAAUCUAGUCCAAGAGAUGACCUAG